UUUACAUACAUCGAAGACCCUGGAGCCCCGCCUGCGGCCCCCCAGCACUUGCUGUGCAUCCCUCGGGGCCCCUGCAGUCUCUGACCGUCUCCUGUACUAUGUCUGCAGUCCCUGACCCUCUCCUGUACUAUGUCUGCAGUCUCUGACCGUCUCCUGUACUAUGUCUGCAGUCUCUGACCAUCUCCUGUACUAUGUCUGCAGUCUCUGGUCAUCUCUUGUACUGUGUCUGCAGUCUCUGGUCAUCUCCUGUACUGUGUCUGCAGUCUCUGGUCAUCUCUUGUACUGUGUCUGCAGUCUCUGGUCAUCUCCUGUACUGUGUCUGCAGUCUCUGGUCAUCUCCUGUACUGUGUCUGCAGUCUCUGGUCUUCUCCUGUACUGUGUCCGCAGUCUCCGGUCAUCUCCUGUACUAUGUCCGCAGUCUCCGGUCGUCUCC